AUGUUGGCAACCGUGGCGGUGGUCUCUGCCCUGCUCUUUGGCAUCCUUUACCUUGGUAUCAUACCAUUCAUCGGCCACCUUCGAGACCCCAAAAAGCUUCGGAAAUACCCUCAACUUUCCAUGUGGUCGGGCAUUUCGGAUUUACCCUUCAUCAUCGAAGCCCACAAAGGCUUUCGAUCCCGGAGGCUUGCAGAACUUCACAAGGUACACCCUGUGGUUAGGAUUGGGCCGAACUCGCUGUCAUAUGGUACGCACCAGGCAGUCAAGGACAUCUACGGACACAGCACAAGGUGCACCAAAGACGUUAUGUACGAGGUGCUCUCCGGCAGUCACUACCACCUGGCAGACGUGAUCGAUAAAGUUGACCACCAGCGCAAACGGAAAGUCCUCUCGAGCGCGUUUGCUUUGAAGAAUCUUGAAGGCUGGGAGCAUAAAGUGGCGGAUAUGACGAGCAGAAUGGUCAAAGCCUUCGAGAGCCGUUGCACUGAGCCGCCGGUGUCGCUCGGAGACAUCCCCCGAGAAGAAGACCUGACUAUAGAUCUGUGGAGAUGGGCUAACUUCUUUGCUGUCUCUGCUAUUGCAAACAUUGCUCUCAGUGAAGAUCUUGGAUUCCUCGAGCAGGGCGAUGACUUGAUUACCUCUGAGAGGAUGGAUGGUUCAACCAAAAAGGUCCAUUUUAAAGAAUGUCUCUCCGCAACAGCUUGGGCGCAGUCCAACCUCGUAUGGUCUUACAAGUGGUAUCCGACUUUCGUUCGCCUUAGCAAGCUUCUCUCCAGGACAUAUCGACAGAAAUGGAAGCAAAAUGAGGACUGGGACGGUAUUGUCCUAAAUCGAGCAACAACACGACUGAAGCGCUACCGCAAUGGAGAAAAGCUCGACGAUUUCUUCUCAGUACUGAUGGAAGACAAGAACGGACGCUCAAAUGAUCUUGAAUGGGGAGAGAUUAUAGCCGAGAUCAGCAUUAUGAUGAAUGCUGGCUCUGAUACCACUGCUAUCGCCAUCACUAACGUCAUCUACCGACUCUUGAAGAAUCCAGACUGUAUGGCCAAGCUCAGACAGGAGAUCGACGAAGCUCUCGAUGAGGAUGAUUUUGUCGCUCCCUACGAUAAGGUCAGACAUCUACCAUAUCUCCGAGCGUGUUUGGAUGAAUCUCUUCGAAUUAUGCCCCCAAACACAUUCGGGCUACCACGUCGGACACCUCCAGAAGGCGCGUUGAUCUUAGGCGACUGGGUCUCGGGGGAUACCUCGGUCUCGAUGUCCGCCUACGUGGCUCACCGGGACGAAGCCGUGUUUCCCGAACCGGAGAGGUUUAUUCCUGAACGUUGGCUAGGUGAGGCUGGCAGAGAACUGCAACCGUUCUUUGUGGCAUUUUCGGCCGGAGCUCGGGGCUGCAUUGGCCGCAACAUCAGCUAUCUGGAGCAGUAUAUUCUGUUGGCUACCCUGUUGCGUCACUUCGAGUUUGCCCUGCCUUCGCAUGACUGGGAACCUAGGAGGAGAGAGCUGUUCACGUGCCAAUUGAGAUUCUUCGACGAGACGGAAAGCGUGGCGGCCCAGUGCGCUGAGCCCGACUUCCAAUCCGAUCAGAAUGCUCGGGAGCCCGGGUCGACAAACUCGGAGGACGACCCGUCGGAUCCAAUUGUGGCAGAUGCUGAGCCAUGGAACUCGGACGCUCCAAUCUAUUGUGCAUCUUUCAAUAGCUUUCAGGUAUCGUCACCGGCAGCGACACGGGCACUCCCUGGUCCGUCAGGCUUUGAUGCCGGGGUCACUCCACAACACGGCCAAAGUGAAAAUGGUUCGGGGCAUUCCUCGUUUUCCCCUCCAUAUUCGACUGUAUCAAGCCAUGGAACCCAAGAUCUCUCAAAACAGUCAUACCUAGGACACAGCUCGAAGCUGCUCCGCGCAGUCCUGGUCCGACACUUUGUCGACCACUUGGCCUAUUGGUUCGACCUGUGCGACCCGGAAAAACACUUUGAAUUCAUAGUCCCGCAGCUGGCGAGAACUUCCCCUCCGCUCAUGAACGCAAUAUUGUGCGUGUCCGCGACACAUCUGAGCCGUCUUUCCGAAGAAAAGCGGGCUCGUCACAGUCCUCAACUUCCGGCGUUCGGCCAAGACACAGCCAUCUACUUCCACACCGAGGCAAUCCAACCCUUGAUGAGGCUGACGGCGAACUCUGUUGAUCUUCGUGACGGAAACAUCUUGGCAGCCACCGUACUCCUCCGGUGGCACGAGGAGAUUGACGCGGCCCCUGGAGCCGACAAUCAGGACAGCGAGCUAUUCAUGCGCGUCAAGAACCUCCUCAUCAUCGAGCAAUUCAAGUUUACGCCAAACGAACCCCAUUCGUCCCCUUCUUCGGGCCAACUAGUCGUGUCCCCGGAACCGAACGCUUCUGGCGAGAUAGACGACGCUUCUUCACCUCUUUCUCUUUCUCUGCAGAUUCGUCAGAAUCCGGGAUCCAGCGGGCUCCGGCGGGCCUCGUUCUGGAUUGCCUUCAGGCAGGAAAUAUAUACGUGCUUCUUGAAUCAGCGGAGUUUUGCCAUCCCACUCUUGCCAUGCUCUGGCUUCAGGUCCUUCAACCCAGCCGCGGAUGUUGUCUGGGCCAACCGGUUAAUAGUGUUCUGUGCAGACUGUAUCGAGUUCUGCUAUGGCUCAGCCGAGCUUCAAGAGGGCAGCAAAGCGAUACCGAGUUUGACCAGUUCUGCCGUGGACCUCGUGAAGACGCGUUGGACGACUCUCAAGGACCUCGAGCAGCAGUGGGAGCAGAAGCUUCCGUCGAGCUUUGAACCUAUAUACUCCUCUGUGACAGAUGAUACCUCUCCGCAGGACGUCUUCCCGGAGCUAUGGUACCUGUCCGCGGCUCAUGUCACGGGGCUGCAGCAUCUGGAGCUCGCCAGAAUCCUGCUUACAGUUCAUAACCCCCAUCUCCCGAGGCUGGGGCUAGGCUACUUCGCCAAAAUGCAAGAGCAGAGCUUCUCGAUCAGGAGUAUAACCCGCAGACUGUGCGGAAUGGCGCUUGGAAAUCGACGGCUUCCUCCCGCUUUGGCGACAGCAUGCCUAGGGAUCACCACGUGCGGUGAGUAUUUUCAAGAAAGGCGUGAGCAAGAAGCUUUGCUUGGUAUCGUGGACGCUCUAAGGGUCGAGCAUGGCUGGCCGUUCAGAAACACGGCGUCCCGGUUGAGGGCGGCGUGGGGCUGGGAUCCAUAG